UCUCAGUGUGAGGCUAGUCAAUGCAACUCAGUCUUGAACGAAGUGGAUAUAGUAAAAGAUGGGAAAGGCAGCACUAUGGCUUUUGAUCGCUUCUGUUCUGAUUGCUUAUUAUGUUUACACCCCCAUUCCAGAGAAUAUUGAAGAACGCUGGAAAUUGAUGCUCAUUAAUGCGGUCUUUAAAACCUUAGGGCAUGUGGCUGACAUUGCUGAGAAACUGGGUCUUAAGCACCACAUGGAAAUAAUGAUGCUGCUCUCAAGUAUGCAAUAUACAGCACCAGUAUCUGAUGAAAAGGUCACCAUAACAGACACAAAAAUGAAUGAUAUUCCUGUUCGUCUGUAUAUCCCUAAAGGGAAGCUGGACUCCUUGAAAAGAGCAGUAAUUUAUAUUCAUGGAGGUGGAUGGUGUUUAGGAGGGACGGCCAUGGAAGCCUAUGACCUUCAGUCAAGAUGGAUUUCUGAAAGACUAAAUGCUGUCAUUGUAUCAGUCGAGUACAGAUUGGCACCAAAAUAUCAUUUCCCCGUUCAAUUUGAAGAUGUAUACACCGUGGCAAAGUAUUUCCUGCAAAGGAGUGUUCUUGAGCAAUACAAGGUAGAUCCAAGUAGAGUGUGCAUUUCAGGAGACAGUGCAGGAGGGAACUUAGCUGCAGCCGUAACACAGCAGCUCCUAGAUGACCCUGAUGUCAAAGUUAAACUGAAGAUCCAAAUGCUAAUCUACCCUGCUCUUCAGACCAUUGAUUUGAAUUUGCCAUCCUAUCAAGAAAAUGAAAAUAUGCCAAUUCUGCCUAAAUCUUUAAUGCUGAGAUUUUGGAGUGAAUACUUUACUACCGACCUCUCUCUAAUGGAAGCAAUGGAAAUCAAUCAACAUGUUCCCCCAGAAUUUAGCCAUUUGUUUAAGUUUGUAAACUGGAGUGACUGGCUACCUGAAAGAUUUAAAAAGAACCAUGUUUAUACCUUCCCAACACCUGGAAAUCCAAAGCUUGGACAAAAAUAUCCUGGGUUCCUGGAUCCAAGAGCAGCACCUCUAUUGGUUGAGGAUAUCAAGUUGCGUGGAUUACCCCUCACAUAUGUCAUUACAUGUCAAUAUGAUGUCUUGAGGGAUGAUGGAAUCAUGUAUGUCUCACGCCUUAAGAAAGCAGGAGUUCCAGUAAUACAUGAACACCUUGAGGAUGCUUUUCAUGGACUAUUAAUGUUUAUUUUAAGCCCAUUAUCCCUAACUAGGGCACAGAUGGCUGUCAAUAACUACAUUGAGUGGCUAAAUAAGAACUUAUGAAGGAAACAUGUCUGUGGAUGGAGGGGUGCUUUAGGCUCUGAUUAAUUUGGGCUGGGUUUUAUACUGCUUUUCAAGGAACAAAUUCUCUUUUCUGUGAAUCAUUUUGAUAUGGCCAUUCUUUGAAUAUUGUAAUUAAUAUAGAAUAAUUUCCUUCCUCCCUUUUCACAAGACUGAGAUAAUUUUGUUUCUUGCUUCUUUGUCAAAUUGUUCUUACUUUAAAAUAAAACAUCCCAAUCCAAA